ACAUGCGUCGUCGAUCCACCUGACGUCUCUCCUGUGAGAUACAGGCACAAACGAUAAGAGUCGUACAAAACGAUGGAUUGCGAAGUACCAUGAGUUUAUAAGCCGGGGGGAGCGAACCGUUGGACUGGCUAAAUUGCUGAUGGACGCACAACGCUACUGAGGCUGAAAGCUUACAGGUGCCAUUGACAGCCCUUACUGCUAUGACGGCGAUAAAGCGAGUUGUAUAUAUAUACACAUGCGUCCAGCUCGCAGGAUCAUCCGAAUACAAAUCCCAAUACGACCUUACCAACUGGCUCAACUACUUCGUGCCAUUCUUAACCCAGCUACGCCCACGCGCUGCUUUACACAACCCAGCCCAAAACUAAAAUGCGUACCUCAACCACAAUACUCACAGCAGCGCUCUGCUCGACAAUCUCCGCACUCCCUUCACCGAACAUGCUCCCCCGCGCAGGCGGUCCAGCAAUCGUCCCCAUCCCUUCGACCUGCACCAUCUCCUUCCCGCUACCCACAUCGCCAGCCACAACUACAACCUACCAACCCGCGCCCGCUACCACCGCCGAUCUCUUAUACAGCGCAUACUACCCUGCCUUCUCCACGAACAAGACUGCAAUGGCCGAGCAGUGUUUACAGCAAUGCUACGGGUACGGAUACCAUGUUGAAUGCAAGACGGCGUACUGGGCGGAGAAUAUCCUUGUGCCGGCUGGAGAGUAUGGAGCGGGGGAGUUGAGCACGGCUUGUUUGCUGUUCAGUAGGGCUUUGGACGAGCGUGAUUUUGUUGUUGCGAAGGAGGGGCAGGCGACGGGGGCAUUUGCGGGGAGUAUUGCUUGUUGAGUGAGUGGGUCUAGGUACCGUCAGGGGUGGUGGAAGGAUAGGCUUUAGGAAGAUGAUUGUUCCCUUGUGUUUGUGCUCGUGCUUGUGCCCAAGAGAGGGGUCGAGUUACUGCGAGUGUUUCUUGGAAUAGAUGGGCGGGUAUAGCACGGUCUAGGUAGAUCCGGGGUAGUAGUCGCCGACCGCUUGCUGGAUGCCUGGGUGGAUAGGACUUUCUAAGCUUAUGUUAGCGGUUUCCAUGCUCUUUCUCGGCCCAGUACCGUUUGACAACUUUUUGUUUUGUUUCCAUUUUUACCUCCAGCUAGUUUACCCCACUGUCCAUGUUCUGAAUUGCCUUGGUUCGUGCUAGUACGCGGUAGCAGCCGAGCUCGCUCUUGGCUUGGUAGGAAGAUAGAAUGAGGGCGU